AUGGUUUCAAACAAUGCUGUUCCGAUGAAGUUAGAAAGUUCUGACAGAAGAUAUGUAGUUGUCAGAACGUCAGAAGCUCAUAUGCAAGAUACAGAAUAUUUUGACGCUUUGUCAGAAACUUUGACAUCUGACUUUUACAACCACUUGUUCUCAUAUUUUAUGACAUUAGAUAUUUCAAAGUUCAAUCCAAGACAAAUUCCACAUACCGAAGAGAGACAAACAUUGUUAGAAGCAAACAAGAGUGUAUAUGAACUGUUCAUAGAUGAAACUGACUUUGAGUGUUUAGAUGAAAGGUCAUUGUACGAUUCGUAUAAACAAUAUUGUCAAGAAUAUGGUUAUAUGACAGCGUCUAAACGAACAUUCUUGGCAAAUGUCAAAAGUCUUUUAGACGUACAGAAUGGUGUAUAUACAAAGAAAAAUUUUUCUGAGUAA